CUCCAAUCCAGUGAUCUCAGCUUAAUAUAGUACUUGUGGGGCCUGGUAGCGUAUUGGAGGAGCAUUGCUUUCGUAUUUCUGCAAAGUCGACUUUGUAAGUGUUAACUUUUGCGUUCUUUUGCCUUUUCCGGUCCCAUGGCAGACACGGGGCUGGGCGACUCCGUGUGCUCCAGCCCAAGUAUCUCCAGCACCACCAGCCCCAAGCUCGACCCGCCCCCCUCCCCUCACGCCAACAGAAAGAAGCACCGAAGGAAGAAAAGUACCAGCAACUUCAAGGCCGACGGGCUCUCCGGCACCGCUGAAGAACAAGAGGAAAACUUUGAGUUUAUCAUUGUGUCCCUCACUGGCCAGACGUGGCACUUUGAAGCCACCACAUAUGAAGAGCGAGAUGCGUGGGUCCAAGCCAUCGAGAGCCAGAUCCUAGCCAGCUUACAGUCGUGUGAGAGCAGCAAGAAUAAGUCCCGACUGACGAGCCAGAGCGAGGCCAUGGCCUUGCAGUCGAUACGAAACAUCCGCGGGAACUCCCACUGCGUGGACUGCGAGACCCAGAAUCCAAACUGGGCCAGUUUGAACUUGGGAGCCCUCAUGUGCAUCGAAUGCUCAGGGAUCCACCGGAACCUUGGCACCCACCUUUCUCGAGUCCGUUCUCUUGACCUCGACGACUGGCCCAUAGAGCUUAUCAAGGUGAUGUCAUCCAUUGGGAAUGAGCUGGCCAACAGCGUCUGGGAAGAGAGCAGCCAGGGGCGGACAAAGCCCUCACUGGACUCCACAAGGGAAGAGAAGGAGCGGUGGAUCCGGGCCAAGUACGAGCAGAAGCUCUUCCUGGCGCCGCUGCCCUGCACAGAGCUGUCCCUGGGCCAGCACCUGCUGCGGGCCACCGCCGACGAGGACCUGCGGGCCGUCAUCCUGCUGCUGGCGCACGGCUCCCGGGAGGAGGUGAACGAGACCUGCGGAGAGGGGGACGGCCGCACAGCGCUGCACCUGGCCUGCCGGAAGGGGAACGUGGUCCUGGCGCAGCUCCUGAUCUGGUACGGGGUGGACGUCAUGGCGCGGGACGCCCACGGGAACACGGCGCUGGCGUACGCGCGGCAGGCCUCCAGCCAGGAGUGCACCGACGUCCUGCUGCAGUACGGCUGCCCCGACGAGCGCUUCGUGCUCAUGGCCACGCCCAACCUGUCCCGGAAGAACAAUAACCGCAACAACAGCAGCGGGAGGGUGCCCACCGUCAUCUGAGGGCCGCGCGCCCACCCGCCCGCUGCACCCGGGCGCCCUCUCUCGCGGAAGUCACGACACGUGAGUCCCGUCCGUCCCCGCCCUCUUCCUGGUGGUCACCCGCCCUCCCCCCACGCGGAGUCACAAGACCUGACUGUCCUCGUGGGGCGAAGAGGAGGCCAGGAGGCUGCCCAGCAGAUUCCUUUUCAUAAACUGCCCUAACGACAAGCAGGAGCGCCCGGUGGGCCUUGGUUUGCCGACGAUAGCACACGGCGAGGGACCCCCUGCCCCCGUCCGUCCGCGGCCUGGAGACACGGAGCGCGGCGCGAGGGACGGGGACGAGAGGGGGAGGGGAGGCGAGGAGCAAGGAGAAGGGUACCUCUCCUUAACUGGCAGUUAAGCACAUCAGUACAUUUCACCUCUACCAGACGGAACACUCGAUUUCAUCUCCUCUCCGAGGAGCUUGACGGCAUAAAUCAGAAGCAAGCAGAGUUUGUCAGGUUUGAAGCCCCUAUGAUGGUAUGUGUCAAAUCAGUUGUAGCUAAUCUGUCCACGGAGAAUACCGGCUUCAUUACACUUGUAUAGUUGAGUUCUUCCAGCAUUACCGCUGUUUAAUAGAACAUGAUUAGUCAUCACCGAGAAGAAAGCAUAUUAGCCGAGGAGGUAGUUACGCAGCACGCUCUGAUGAUUGCCACGAUGUGAUUGCAAUACUUCUUAGAAGCAUCAUAUUAUCCCAGACAUGUUCUUUCGAGCCCUUGGAGCCCUCCUUUCUAAAUUCACUGUCAUAAUUUAGUAUCUGUUUAAUUUUUCAGUCCAAAGAGAGGGAAUCAGUUGCUGAGUAUCAUUUGACUGGAGUCUCCUUGGUGCAAAAACAAAAUGGAAAAAAUAAAUAAGAGUAAGUCAGAAAUUCAAAAGGAAAUCACGAAUUCAAGCUAAUAACAUUUUGAGGCCAUGUAGUAAACUCAGUAAAGGCAUAAAAGGCUAUUCCCCAUCCCCCCAACCUAAGAGAUAUUUUACUUCCUUUUGCCAAGGUGGAUGUCUUGGGUCUCGGUCACUGCCAGGCCACACCGGAGUGUCCCACAGGCUUCUGUGUCAUGUCUUUAGCUAAGAUUGUGAAAAUCUAUUUGAAUAAAAGAAGUUCAUAAAUAUGCAUUGAUUUUUGUACAGACAAAUGGCACCUCUGUUAAUUUAUAAAUUGAACUGGAUGUGAACUAAUAACGUGCAACUAGUUGAGAUAAGAGGGUUACAGAUCAUUGUACAUGGAAAGCGCUCCCAGCAGCAAACACUUCCAUUACUGUGAUCGACAGCUUUGAAAAAGGAACCUACCCGAAGAAGAUGGUGGUACAGUUUGCUUAUUAAAAUCGAGAAAGAAAAAGAAGACCCUUAGAUCCUAUGAGAGAAGAGGGGAUGGGGAGAAGGCAUGUGAUUUCGCAUUAUUUAGAUCUGAUGCCGCUUCUGCCAGCCUGGAGGAAGGGGCCGUGGGGAAGCCGGGGAUGAGUUUCUGAGUCCCGGCCCCGGGAGCUGGGCAGAGGCAGGCCAUGACCGGCCACCCACAGCUCGGGGGCACCGGCUGGCCCGCGGGCAUCGCUAACACUUCCCUGGGCGGCCAGGCCCUCCAUCUCCUUUACUUGGUCACCUGACCUGCCGUCCCCGAGGUGUGGGGCGGCUUCAGACUUCCGCCGCCUUCAGCGUGGUGGCCAAAUGCAGUAAAAACCAGAUCGAGACACCUUAGGUUAAAAAGGAAGGGGUGGGCCGUGCCUGGAGCCCUUUAACUAAAGUCCGAGCGAGAAGAGGGUCGUCCCCCUGGCAGGCGACCCUGGCCCUGCAGCCGCACAGGAACAGGGCCACGUCCGCCCGGCCACGUCUGCCCGGCAGCCUCCAGGCAGGUCCCUUACUCUCCUACAUUAAACCUUCUAUUUUGUAAGUUUUUCCUCUUCUUUCACUUUUUAAGAAAAAAAAAAAUUUAAGUAGGUGGGGAAAAAAUAAAGCUUUACGCAGAAUUUAUAUGUGGGUCAGUGUUUCAUGGACAUUUGUAACCUUGAUUCCGCUGCGUGGAAGCCAGGAGGCUCCGGGAACAGCAUGUGCAGAAGCCGCGAGGCUGAGAGCCUUGACAACAGGUCCCUAAUCCUCCCUCCCCGCCCCCACCCCCACCGCCACGAUUUUUAAUUCUGUGUUUCAUCACUGUGUAGUUAUUUUAAAUGUGAAUAGGAAAAAAAAUGUCUGCCUAUUUUUGAAGAACGCGUUACUGUUCUAAUCCAGCUAUCCACAUUCGCCUCCGCACAGCCUUUAGCAUAGACUUUAUGUAGUGAACGCAGAUAUAGUAUAAAUGAUAUUCUUAAAUUAUUUCACUGUAGUUAAUUCCCACUAUAGGAAUGCUCUAUCAUAUAGCGAAGCCUUGUUUUGAAAAGAAACGGAAUUCCUUGUAAGGCUUCUCUUUGAGAUGUAUAUGAGUGUGUACAUAUUAUUAUAUGUGUUUAUAAUAUAAUAUUUUCCCAAAUGACUUCUUUUUUCACUUAGCCUUUCACGACCUGAAUGCCAGAUUGGUUUGGGGGGGUUUUUUUGUUUUUGUUUUUGUUUUUUCUCCCUUCACUCUCUCCGACACGGGGACUUCAUUGAUUCCUUCUCAGAAAACUUGACCCCUCUUCCGCUAUUUUUAGCAAUGUUGAUCUGUGCCAGGAGGCGGCCAGCCUUCCUGAGCCUGAGUUUGGGCAGCAGGGCAGGGGCGGUGGUGGGUGUCAAGGGUUUUCCUCGAAAAUAAAGGUGGCUGGUGGCCGAUCUGCCUGUAUUUCAGCGUCACACCAGAAGGCCUUUCUUCACCGGCAGAAUGCUCUCAUCCUUAAAGCCUUGCUAACGCUCAGGCAGGGAAGCAAAGAGCCACAAGGGCUGGUGUUAGAAAUGACCAGCUCAGGAAGGCGGCCAAGUUGUCACUGUCUGCUCCCACGGAAGACACCACUGCAUCAUCCUCGUAGCCUUUUCUCUUCAGAAGUAAAUGCCCCUGAACUUGACACCACCUGCUGGGGUAGGGUAGGCAGAGGUGCACGUGGGCACCGGGGAGGGUAGCUUCCCCAUCUGGCCGGAUUCCUUCUGUUGGCCACAGAAGCCCUGCAGAGGAAGGAGCCUCGAUUCUGAUCCUGUGAGAGCAGACUCCCAGGUCUGGUAAGAAGAUGGCUCACCAAGCCCAGAGCCCCAGUCAUGGGGCCCCGGCCCCUCCUGUCUCCUGUCAUCCCAGGAGAUGAGCAGCUCGAGGGUGAGUGAGUGACAUGUUCAUGAGUCUUGGGCCCCAUGAGCAGGCGCGGUUCCAUGUCUCCCUGUAAGAGCACGCUGUGUGACUAUCCCAGAGAGCAAGGGAAGGCAGUGGGGUGCUUGCUGAUCCCAGGGCUGUGGAGGGCUCUUGUUGGAUUACUCUUGACCAGAAUCCUAAAAGGAGCCCAUUCUCUGCCCGUGAGCCUGGGCACCGAGGCAGGGCCUUGCUGUUCCGCCUGUCUUUUGAAGUUUUGUCUAGCCUGGUGAGGUCGGCUUACACCCAGCCUCUGCCAUCUGGCCUCAGGACCAGUCUUCCCAGUUUCAUAACAUCUGCACCCUCCCAGGGUCAUUCUCUCCAUCUGUGAAGGAGCGGUCACUGACUUGAUGAGGGGAGAACAGGAUCCAGUGAUGAGAAGGACGGCCCUGGGGCUGAGCAGACGCGGCCUCGGCUUUGCGGCCCCUCCUGGGUGGCCCUGGCCAGGUACCCAGCUUUGGGGCGCUCUUUCCUCAGCUGUGAAACUGGGGGGGUGGCCUUGCAGCAUCCGAUGACCGGUUGGUUUCCAAUCGGUGUGAUCGCUGCCAACCAGACACCCCGCCAGGGCUAGAUGCUCAGGAAAUGGGAGUGUUCAUUAAGAACAGAAAUGCUGACGGCCCCAAAGCCAGAGCGCCUGCCUGGAGAGCUUGCUUCCUCAAGCCGGCGCCCUGGGGAGCCCGGGACAACAUGCUCGCCAGCCCCCCUCCCCUCUGCUGAGCCAGCAGGGCCCUCCCCGACCCCCGUGGGCGGGAAGCAGUGUCAGAGGAGGGGUGAGGCUCUCUGUGAGCCCCGACGCCCACAGAGCCCCGCUCCCAAGGGGUGAGCCACACUGCCCACUUCCUGGCGUUUAUCCCCGAUUUUUGUAGUCUGAGUUUGCUUUCCCGGAGGCAAAGGAAAGGUUGAGUCUUACCCUCAUGCAUUCACUAAGGUCACUUGAGGCCCAAGAAAACCCCUUCUGUCCGACACCCUGUUGGGUUGUUGGCUCAGACAGGCCUCCCACUCUUCAGAAGCCACCAGGAAGCUGCUGUCCACACUGGGUGCUGAGCUUGCUGAAGAGCACGCUUUACUGGCAGACCUCUGGGCCCUGCGGCCUCUUGCUUGGCAUGGACGGUUGCACAGUGAGCAAGCACCGCGCUGAGCUACUCUCCCUUCUGAGGCUGGCGCUCGGCUUGUCUUGCGCCUGCGCUUGGUGGACGCAUCCUCCCCCCUCGGCGGCGGCCAUUGGGUCCUGCCCGGCCCCCAGCCCAAGCUGUGCUCCAGGGUGACAUGGGUCACCGUGACUCCAGCUCUGCCAUCCCUUCCUCCUCGCAUUUAGAAGGUUCUGGAAAUAAAUCCACAUUGCCACCUAGGGAGGUUCAGAAGCCUUGCACCAAUGUAGAGCUUCUACAAGUAAGUGUGAUCUAGGCUCCCAAACUUCUCAAAAGGCAAAGAUAAUGGGCAAGCAAAUCCAUUAUCCCUCCAUGGGCUGUUUCCCCCUCCCCCACCUGCUCUAUUUCCAUCCCUCACGCGCCCCACAAGGUCGGCAUGACUUUCUAGAACUCCCCUGGAUUGUAUUUAUGUCCUUCAAGCAAACAAAUUGAAAAGCAGUCAGGAAGGAAUUCAAAUAGAAAUAUGCUGAAGAUACACAUCUUUCUUUCCCAGGAAAUACAAUUUAUUUCUAACUGCCUCCUCAAACGUGGGCUUCACACACUGUGAAGUACUGUCUUCAAGUGAUUUUCACCCUCAUCCUUCACCAAAAAGCUAAAUAAGGGCCUUUGGCAUCCAGACUUGGAUUUUUUCACUUUGGGCCAUUAUCGACACGUUGCUUUUUUGAAUUCCCAAGCGGCUUUCUUCUGGAAGCCUGUGGUCAGUGAGUCUUUGGUGUGGGCCCCACCCCUGCUGUGGCCCGGCCAGGCCCCCCAGGUGUGUGGCUCACGGGGGCAGGAGUCUGGCUUCUCCACCUGGCCCACUGAGGGGUGGGGUGGGCUCCCUGCCCUGCUCCGUGCCCUGCACCCUGAUGGGUCCUUCGUGGUUCAAGCAUCUCAAUCAGGUCGCCUUUCAGUCAAAACGUUGAAUUGCUUCAUUACUCAGAAGAGAGAAGGAGUGGGUCAGUCCCUCGAGCAGACAGGAACAGCGUCAGGCUUUUAUUUCCACCGCGGCCCAGAGUGAUCCCUGGAAGCCAGAACGGCCAGGCGGCUGGGGAGGAGAGAGCAUCCGUGCGGCUCAGGGUCAGCAGGCCCCCGCCGGGCCCUCCCCUCCCCCCCUCCAGGAAGAAGGGACAGGUGACAGCUUAGAACUCGUAUUUCAAAAACACAGAUGUUCUUCCCCUUAGAGGAGAAAGGCUGUCCUUACAGAGUUUUUUUUUAAGCAAUAUUAAUGGAUUCCCCAUUUCAUUUCUGAUGUCUGCUGCUUUUUGAGCACAGAGUGAUGCUUCUUCCCAGUUCCAGUGUUUUGGUGUGGGCCAGAGUGGGAGGUAGGGACAUUUCAUCAGCACGGGAUUCCGUGAGACCACAAGGUCUGGGUUUUAGUCCGUGAUUUUUAAAAUGCCCAAGUUCUAGAAGUAAUUCAAUUUCAUCGGUGUGGGAAACAUCCUCCCAAAGUAAGGAUUCAGGACCGCAGAUUUGAAAGCCUCUCCUUUCCGCAUUUCAUUUGGGGCCGGGGGCUGGUUUUGCUCUCAGAGGACGGCAUUGGUUUCUGGGGCUCGCACCUGGUUGGUAAAAACGCCCUUGUCCGAGGCCUCAUCCCGUGCAAAGGGCCUGCGGUGCCCGGAGGCGGGCAGGGUGAGGCAGGCAUGCCCAGCAGUGACCCUCCGUGAGCCGCUCCUGCCAAGCGGACAGACAAGCUAGGGGUCUGGCCAGGUGUCACCCGGCGGCUGCGGGGCCCAUGCGGGGCAAGCCACCUUCAUCGGGGUGCAACAGGUCAGCUCGGGGCUUGUGUUUCAUGGGCCAGGUGUGUGGCUUCUGCAGAGAAUGCCCCCUGGGGGUCAUGAUGGUGCCGUAGGAUAGAAACUCGCCUGUCAAAGCCAAGUGAGGUCUAGUCUAGAAUUCAGUCAGUGGGAAUUCCGCGUCCUUCAUCUUGAGACGCAGGUGAAAGAAAGGAACCAUCCUAGAUGUAAGAGCUUUGGGGAAUCUUCCAAACGGAGCAACCAGGUGUUAGGAGCAGCCGCCCCCAAAUCAGAGUGUGCCCUGAUCUCCCCGUGCCAGAUGGUGUCCACGAUGGCCCGGGAAGCGAAUAUCUGAGUUGGCCCAGACUCGAGUAACAGGAUGUGGCACCCACCCCUAGAAGCUCACGUAGUCGGUGAUGCCCCGGGUAAGCUGGUGAGUGUCCAGGCUUGACGAAGGACGUCGAAGGGCUUUCCACCCCUUGUCUAGCGCCCGGAUGUAGAGAGCCUGAGUGACCGGCCUCUUUCAAAGACCCUGGGGGCAGCCCAGCUGAUGACCACUGCACCUAGCUCUGCAGCUGACAUUCCACUGAGUGGCCUGGGGGAAAGGGUCAUCCUGCCUGGGCUCUUGGAGGGUCAGAGGACAGAGGGGCCCAAGGGUGCAUGAGCUGGAGCCCGAGCGGGGAGUUAGCCCUCACUGACCGCUCCCAGGAGCACAUCACGCCCUCCCCGUCCCGCCCCAGGGCGCACGGGCAGACCUGAGUGAGGAUCGGGCUGUUCAUGGUGCACAGGCGAUGGGUCUGUUUAGAAACUGUUCUACGGCACAUCGCACGUCUCGAGGUUAGAAAUAAUGCCUUCUCCAAACCCUGAAAAACCUCAGCGGUGUCCUCCUCCAACUGGGCUUUUGUCUGAAAUAUAUCAAACUCUUGAGGCCGCAACCGCUGUCCUGAUCUGAGCACCCAUGUGCUGGGGGGAGGCCGUGUGGCCUUGACCAAGGGCACGGCACUGCACAAAGCCUUGGGAGCCACGAGCUGGCUGCCCUGGGAAGGGCUGGAGGAGUUGGCCGCUCCAGCCCCAGGCACGGCCACACGGGUUCCGAGAGCGCUUCCUGCCCCCAGACAGCCCCCCACUCUCCUGCCCGUGACCUUGAACGGGGUACUCGUGGGGUCAGGGGUGUGUUUCUGAACGGGAGCCCGAGCAGGUCAGAGGUGACCCCCGAGAGGCGUUUCUCAGAAUAGGGACGGCCGAGUCUCUGCCCACCUCUCAGCACGUUUUUCUGUUUCUGUAAAUAACAAUGUAUAGAAGAUGGAAGAGUGGCCCGGGGUUUAUCCAGAGAUGGGUUUGGUUUCUUUGGGGGUUUUUUUGGUCGUUUUUAUAUUACCUCAUUCAGCAAGUUUGUUUCACAAUGACUCAAUGAUGCUUUAUUUAUAUUGUUUGUACUGUAAUUAAGACCAUUGACAGACAUUUCACUUUGCUUAUUAUUUCAUAUGAUUUUGUUUUGAUUAAAUAUGCCGGUUUGUAUUUUCCUGCAUUGGGAUUUUUUUUGUGUCCGCUGUACAGUAUUCUAAGGGGGAAAAAAGAGCAAAAGAAAAAUGUGUAAAGUAAAGGAGAGAGGUGGCUAUAGGAUAGAGGCCUCUUUCUAAUAAAGAAAUGAAAAUCCGUCUA